UUUAGUUGAAAAUUUUGUAUGUUUUCAGUGUAUGAUAGUUAUGUUAAUUCAUACAUCGGUUCAAAUUGAAUGAAGUUUUAUUUGUUAAUUUCUUGUAUUUUGCGUAGCUGAAAAUUUUCUGAGUUCGUAGGAGUUUCAACUUACAGAAUGCUGGGGAUUUCAUUUUCACGGUUCCCGAUCGUUAGUUCUGAGUAGAAUUUUGUGAAUUUACGGCUUUACCCUCUUGAUUUUGCUUUGUUUCCAAUGGGUUCGUCCUUUUUGGUCGAGAAUGCCCCUUUGUAUGAUUUAGAAAAGGUGGCUGAUGGAGGUAUUCUAUUUGAGGAGCAAUCUGUUGGCAAACGUUCUAGCCUUUGGAGAAGCCAACAAAUUCUUAUUUUCUGCGUGAGUGAUGCUGAGAUUGAGUUAGAAUGUGAAGUUUUUGAGAAGCAAUCGAAGCUAAGAAGAACUGCUAGCCAUGAACAACAGAGGUGCUCUCGUCUCCGCCAGGUGUCACCUUUGGUCUUUAAACCUGUUACGGCAGCAUCUUUCGGCCCAGAACUUUGCUCAUCUUGGAUGUAUGAGAUUAUGCCCUCGUUGGCUGGUUUUUGCGGCAAGCAAGUAAUCGAGCACGAGAACCGAAUUCCUAGAAUGCAGCGUUGGUCAGCAGAUUCUGGUAUUUUGUUCGAGCACCUCUGGCCUUACUUUUUACCUAGAGCAGGAAAUGAUCCGGUCCCAAUCAUCGUAUCAGCCCAGGAAUAUGAGAUGAUGGAUGAGCUCGGUAUUCCUUCAACGAUGCAUCCUGCGUCCCCUACUCUAGUUUUUAAUUCCAAAUCUCUUGUUAGAAAAAGACGGCUAACAUACGAGGACGUCGAAACUUCUGAAAAAACUGAAGCAUUGAAGGGAAGUCCAUUGAAGUCUUCUAGCCGUGGUAAAAAGAAGCUGUUAAGUGGAGAUCCUCCCCCUAGUACUCGAUUGGUUGGAAAAACGGAGCAAAUAGAAACAAAGAAGGGCCAUGAUGUGGAUAAUUACGCAGAAAAUGCAGCACCUACACCUGCAUUAUCUAAAAAUACCGUGAAGAAUAAUAGCAAUUUAAUGGAGAAAGUUGACAAGUUAGACCAGAAAGUGGAGAAGAUGGAUGGCAAAGUUGAGCAUCGAGACACGACUCUACACGAGAAUCUUGAUGAUUUGGGUAAUAAAGGUGAUCAACUCAAAGUAUCAAACACUGGAUGGUUCAGUAACGAAUGGUUGCUUGAAGAUCCUUUUGCGGUGCAUGAUUGUAAUUAUCAUGAACCACCAAAGCCGGUUCCUUUAACAGAUAAUCCAGUGAAGAAGUCAUUGAGUGUUGGUGAUUCGAGGACCAAAUCUGAAGGUUUUAAAGGAAAAUCCUUCCUUCCACGCACUAAAGAAGGUCUUGGACACACCAUGAAGACUGAGGUGAUUAGUAGCUUGAAAAUUCCUGGCGAAACAGAAAACUUGCUGCCUUCCCUAAAUUUGGAUUGCACAACGUCGUACAGCAAUGGCAUGCCUCAGAAAACCUCCAUGGAUGCGUUGAAGUUCGACCCUUCAGACUUCGACUUCAACUAUGCCGAGCUCAAUCCAUUCCUUCGAUGGCAAAAAGCAGCUUCCAGUGGUCAUCGGUAUGUUUUUUUCUGUUAA